AUGGCCAACUCUCGAUCCAGACGAACGCAUUCUUUCGGCGGGUGCAAGACCUGUCGGAAACGGCAUCUCAAAUGCGAUCAGUCUCUGCCGAGGUGUAAUCGAUGUCGUCAGGCUGGCUUGGACUGCGAGGGUUUCACUCCCGCCUUGAGGUGGUUGAUAUCGACGGGUGCAGAGGUUUAUGCAAAGCAACCACCUCAGACCGCUGAGGUUGGGGCCGAGCAAUAUUCUAGAAGGCAUUUGUUCACUGAGGAAGAUAGAAAGUUCAUGAGCAAUGCUCUAUUAACUGAUGUCCCUUCUACUGUAACCGCAGCUCUCAAUCAGAUCGAUGAGGAGUCAAAAGCUCUCGACGUCAAAGACGAUGCACCAAUCAUUUGCGAGGUCGGUCCUUUCCAAGUCUUCAAGUUUGAGUCCAGCCGAUCGACCACAACGCCCAUCUCAGACCAUGUCUCUUUCAACGACAUGGAUCUCGACACCCUAAGCGAAGUCCAAACUCAGGAUUUCUCAGAGCCUAUCGACAAUGAUGUGUCUGAAUCCAUCAUCCCGAAUGACUACUCGUCAACUUCGCUCGAUUUUCUGCACUGGGGCGAUUUGUUCACCUGGGACGUUAGUGUUCUUGAUAACCCGCCCCAACUCUCUUACGAUAACUUCGACACGCUGCCCGUUAAUAUGAACUGGCCAAAUGAGUCGAAUAUGAGUUUCUCUGAUUCCUUAGACACCAUGAUUCCUUUCGAGCCUGCUAGCGAUGACGUAGCGUGGCCGCAGCUAGAUCUCAUGACGGAUGCUCCGCUGCUUCUGAAGCACUUCAACGACGAUGUCAUCAGUCAAAUGGGCUCUUUACCCAUCAACGAAAAGUCAGCCUGGAGGACGCUUCACUAUCCAUCGGCCAUCAUGACUCUGAGCGAGUUAACCAUGCUGGAAAUAAACAAGGACCAGAUCAAGCGCGCCAACUUAGCUACGUUUUACGCGUUGAUAGCAGUUUCGUCCUUUCAUCUUUCGUUAAAUCCCAUCACUUUCCCAAAUUUCACACGCCCGGGAGAUCACUGGAAAUCGGUGUCGAGUCGGACAUACGAAGCGGCAAAACAACAUCUCAAACUCAGCCUGGAGAAGGAAUCUCAGCCUGGACCACACAAGGCAAAGUACAAAGAGCAGUUGAUGGGUAUAAGUGCCGUACUGGCAACAGCACUUCUCUCCGGCAACGAAACAGACACUCGGUGGUGUCUCACGGAAAUGGAACGCCUCAUCAGCUGGCGCGGUCUCACAAAACCAAGCAUAUCCCGCCGCGCACGCCUCCUCCACAACAUCUACGCCUGGAUGCGCAUCGUCUCCGAAAGCCUCAACGUCUACCGCGACGAGAAUCACACCAUAGAAGCACCAUUUGCGCGCCCUAAUGGGAACAACGCGCGCAGUCAAAGUGCCAGUGUUCCCGUUCAGUCGAUCAACCCUGACAUGACGCUUGAUAACUUCCUCCAUCUUGAGCCGCGCAAGUUGCAUGGUCAGAAGCAAAGGCGUGAUAUAAAAGAUAUCCAUCUGGCGGAUGCGUCGCAGGAUCAUGAGAAUAUGUACAUGCAGAUCUACGGUGUUCCAGAGACGUGGCUUAGUCUCGUGUCGCAAAUCACUCGUCUUGCAAAUGUCAUGGAUAGGCUAUCGGCAAGUAAGAAGACUGACGCAGAAGCCCUCAUGUCACUACAGCCAAGGGCCUCAUACCUAGAAAACGCCGUUUGCCUAUUCCGCUCUCGUCACAGCGAAAGCUCAACGAUGAGCGCAAGCCCCAGCUCAGCGCCUGGCGGAACACCACACAUGCACAUGGUUCGCGCACUGGCUUCGGCGCUGGUGAUAUUCUUCUACCGCCGGAUCCGCAACGUGAACCCCCUCGUUCUGCAAGACAGCGUGAACGACGUGGUGAACUCGCUGCACGCGUUUGACGAGGCGCUGGAGAGGAACAAUCUGCUCGGGCCGGGGACGGCGUGGCCGGCGUUUAUAGCAGGGGCGGAGGCGAGACAGCGGCAAAGGCAGGAUAUCGCGGAUUGGUUAGACAAGGGGUUCUCGAGGUCUGGAUUUGAGAGUUACAGAGCUUCGAAGGAGGUGUUGACGGAGGUUUGGAGGAGGAGGGAUGAGGCGGAGGGGAUGCCUUCGGGGGAUGUUUGUACGUGGAUGGAGGUGUGUAGGGAUCUACAUCGCUGGCCGUUGGUCUCGUGA